AUGAAGGCGCCAGAAGCUGAGCUGAGGAAGAACCUCGAGGCGCGAAACGCGGUGACAGAGGAGCCGGGUCGCCGAGGACGCUUCUCCAAGGCGUGGAGCACUCUCGAGAAGGACGCGGACUGGCUCGGGUUCGUCGGCGGCCGCUGUCUGGAUGCUCUCGACGACAGCCUCUUUCGCGGCGGCUACCUUUCAAGUGGCUCUCCGCCACAGGGACAGCGGCCUCGGGUGGUCGUGCUGGGUUCGGGUUGGGGCGCCAAUGCGGUGCUCUCGCAGCUGAAGAACGCGGCGUGCGACGUGACGGUCGUGUCUCCGCGCAACUACUUCCUCUUCACGCCCAUGCUCGCGGGCGCCGCCCUCGGCACGCUGGAGCCGCGCAGCAUCAUCGAGCCAAUCCGCGAGGCGAACCCGACGGCGACCUACUUUGAGGCGGAGGCGACGGCCAUCGACACCGUCUCCAAGGUGGUCACUUGCGAGAGCGUGGUGUGUGAGGGGGUGAGCUGCGAGUUGCGCGAUUUCGAGGUGCCCUACGACCUGCUCGUCGUGGCCGUCGGCGCGUCGACAAACACGUUUGGCGUCAAAGGAGUCAAGGAGCACUGCCUGUUCAUGAAGCAGCUCUCGGACGCGAUUGCGUUUCGCGAGCAGCUGGGCUACGCCUUCGAGCAGGCCUCGCUGCCCGGCCUGAGCGAGGAGCAGCGGAGGGAGAAGCUCACCUUCGUGGUGAUCGGCGCGGGGCCGACCGGCGUCGAGCUGUGCGGCGAGCUGCGCGACUUUGUGGCGCAGGACGUCCCUCGGCUGUACGAGGACCUGCAGCGGUUCGUGCGGGUGGUGCUGCUGGAGGCGUCCGACAAGGUGCUGAUGGCGUUCGACGGGGACCUGCAGGAGGCGGCGCUGCAGAAGCUGCGGUCGGACGAGCAGGGCAUCGCCAUCGACGUGCGGCUGAGUGCGGGCGUGCGGGAGGUGACCGAGGAGGAGGUCCUGCUCUCGGACGGAUCCUCGAUCCGGUACGCCCUCUCCCUGUGGGCAGCCGGCAUCGGCACGCUCGAUUUUGUGCGGAGGACGGCCGAGGCGCUGCCCGCCCAGGCGGCGCAUGCCGACGAGGCGCGGGGGCGUCUCGCUGUCGACUCGUGGCUGCGCGUGGCGGGUGCGCCGGGCGUGUUUGCCUUUGGCGACUGCGCGCACGUCGUCGGGUCGCCGUACCCGGCCACCGCGCAAGUGGCUUCCCAGGCGGGCACCUACCUCGGGCGGCUCGUCGCGGACGGGUAUGACUUCGGGGGCGGGGACGGGCCGCCGAAGCUGACGCCCGGAGCGCCGGGAGAGCGCACGCUGCGGCACGGUCUGAGCAGCCUGGCCCGGUCGAAGGAAGGGCUCGCGCCGCCCUUCACCUUUCUCAACCUCGGCAUCCUCGCCUACGUCGGGAAGAGCGAGGCGCUCGUCCAGAUCGCGGUCGGCGGCGACGAGGGCGGCAAGAAGGUCAAGGGGGCCGGGGAGGCGGGGUUCGCGCUGUGGCGCAGCGUCUACCUGAGCAAGCAGUACGGGCUGCGCAACCGGAUUCUGGUUGCGGUGGAUUGGGCAAAGGCGCGCGUCUUUGGCCGCGACCUAUCGCGCUUGUGAGUAGAGGCGCGGCGAGAGGCGAAUCACAUGCAGCGCGCCGCACAGACGCUCGCUCUCCCUCUCCCCAUGUGCAUGUGGCAUGAUUUUAUUUUUCGAGGCGACCGUGUAUCCG